CUCACUACUGUGAGCGAGAGUAGUGCCCAUGAAUGGGAGCCUCCCCUCCUCUGUAUGAGCUAACGCGGGGGCGCGCACAGGAAGUCUGACGGGAGCGCGCAGGAGAUGUCGGCUCGUUAACCACUGGUGUGCAUAGAGAAGAACGACCGGGACCUGGGCCAAAUGCUAUUGAGCCUUGUGCUUGAACAAUAAUACGAGAAAUACAGUAUCCAGUGCAGUACUGUAGUCUGAUGCCUGGUGGAUUGUUCAAUUUGAAAAGAGAACCUUCUGUAAGAGACUGUUUCCUGGGCUGCAGCAUCAGUUAAUGUACCUUAAUUUAGGAACACUCAAGAGGAAGAUUAUGUGGCUCGUGAGAUAAGCACAUUUGCUGACCUAGGUGACCUAACCCCCCUGCAACAAACACAACUGGUCACAUUAAACUGCAUGUGUGAACUGGAAUGUUGCCAUGGACGGACCUCACCACCUAGAAGACCAGAACAGUCCGCUGUGCAAAGUGCAAGGACAGGAAUAUCCACAUGAUGGUCAAAGACACAUGACUUCCUACCCCUACCGAUGCACGUUGGCAGACUUUAAAAUAGAUAAGAAGAUAGGACGGGGACAAUUCAGCGAAGUGUACAGAGCAAGCUGUCAUCUGGACAGGAAGCCAGUUGCUCUGAAAAAAGUCCAGAUAUUUGAAAUGAUGGAUGCCAAAGCCAGGCAAGACUGUAUUAAAGAAAUUGAUCUUUUAAAGCAAUUGAACCACCCGAACGUUAUUAAGUACCUGGACUCAUUUAUUGAAAACAAUGAGUUGAACAUAGUCCUGGAGCUGGCAGAUGCUGGAGACCUCUCUCAAAUGAUUAAAUAUUUUAAGAAACAGAAGCGCUUAAUACCGGAGAGGACGGUGUGGAAGUACUUUGUGCAGUGUUGCAGCGCUGUGGAACAUAUGCAUUCCCGCCGGAUCAUGCACAGAGAUAUAAAGCCUGCAAAUGUCUUUAUAACGGCCGCCGGAGUCGUGAAAUUAGGAGACCUUGGCCUUGGCCGAUUCUUCAGCUCCAAAACUACCGCGGCACAUUCCUUGGUGGGAACACCUUAUUACAUGUCCCCAGAGAGAAUACACGAAAAUGGCUACAAUUUCAAGUCUGAUAUCUGGUCCUUGGGCUGCCUGUUGUAUGAAAUGGCAGCACUUCAGAGUCCAUUCUAUGGAGACAAAAUGAACUUGUUUUCUCUGUGUCAGAAGAUAGAACAGUGUGAAUACCCUCCACUGCCCACAGAACACUACUCAGAAAAGUUACGAGAAUUGGUUGGCAUGUGCAUUUACCCAGAUCCAGACCAAAGGCCGGAUAUUGGCUACGUCCAUCAGAUAGCAAAACAGAUGCACGUGUGGACGUCCAGCACAUGAAAUUAAUAGGGGCCACCCUAUCAAGGAAGACCCUAUCUCUCAGCCUUACUUGAAUACUUCUUCCAAGAAGCAGAGGCCCCAGGAGUUUCAGCAAGAGCAGAGUCUUUUCCACGCUGUGGCCUAGGCUCUACAAGGAUUUGUAGGCCAGGUUUCAGGUGACACUUCCAGGAGACAACACAUUGUUAACGGAUUGUAGAUGUAACAUUGCAGAUAUAAAUCCUAUGUAAGGAGUUGUGUGAUUUAGGUUAGGACAGAAUGAAAUUGGUGUAUUCAAGGAAUCACCAAAUUGUAAUUUUAAUGUGAACAUUGAAAUAAUUCCUCCAGUGAACUUGUUGUAGGGUUUCUACAAACCUUUUCUAGAUUGUGUAGUUUAAGAAGCCGAUCUGCAGCAGAUCCCUGCCAGCAACGGGCUUACCUGCUUUUCGUAUAAAUCUUUUAUUUCUGCAAAAUAUUCAGUGAAUAACGUUAGCUGUAAAUUCAACGUGUUUGUGAAUUUUAAAAAGAAGAAAAGCUUUUUAUAUAUUUGUUUUCUCUUGUGGAAAAAAAAAUCCCACACGAGAGGAGAUUGCUUAUCUAACGAUCGUGUCAUUAUUGAUUUUCCAUUGCAUACCGGUGCACUGUGUCUAGAUGCCACAAUAGCUCUGACCGCUUUUUUUUUUUUUAGGUAACUUUUGUUUAUUGCUCAGAAACUUUUGAUGGUUAUUUGUCAAAUUUCAGUAUGAUACCAAUAAAAGCAGUGUUAACCCUGCCGUAGGCACUCCAGUAUGAGACAAGAGCGGAAAAAAAAAAAUAUAUAUAUAUAUAUAUAUAUAUAUACACACUUUGACUGACUUAACUGUGAAUGGAUCUUUUGGAAAUGUGAAUGCACAAUGUUCUGCAGUUUGAAGGAAUCCCUCACAUGUUUGAUACUGUGCUAAGACGUCCCCGAACAAGGACACUUUUAUACUACCAAGCAGUUAGUGAACGACAGUGCCCAGCGGACUUCAUCAGCCAGCAGAGAAUCAUAGGUUACUUACCCUGUUGCAGAACACAGGACGCCAUACUGGAAGGCUGCUCUAGAGGCUUGUAAAGACUUGCUGUUACAAUAUCUGCUCCAAUGUUAUAACAUAUGGCUUUCUCUAGAAGUUAUUUUGUGGUUGAAAAAACAACUAAAAAAAACUUUGCUAAUAAACUAAAUUCCUUA